GUGCCCAUCUGGCUAAGGCAGCGCACUAGCCCUUCCGUUAUCAUCCCAUUCUUCUUACUAUUUGGCCAUCCUCUUCGCCACCUCGGCUCACCUCCUGUCGUGGUUCCUGCAUAUCUCCUCUCUCGCCCCAUCAACAAGUCAGCCAGCCACCACCAGCUUGGAUCUGCUGUUCUGCGGCCUGCCCAGCCUUUUGCUUUUCUUGCAGGUGGCACCCAAUUUGUUCUCAGCGCAUCGCUUCGCCUGCAGCUCCAAGCCGUCCUCUUCCCCGGCCUUCAUCGUUGUUUGGUCUGCCACCUACCUGCAGUUGCAGUGUGUUUGGCCAUUAAUACAGCACUUUGCAGCGUCCUCGACUUCAGACGAUCGCCGAUCCCUCCACCGCAACGGGGAUGCCGUGUCUUUUGGGCUCUCUUCGCCUACCGCAUGCCUGCAGUUCCCCGCACUAGCUUCGAGAUCAGCAAAAAGAUUGUGCUCUGUCACAAGCACCUUUACCAGUAA